CUUUCCUUCAGUCUGAUUCAUAUCUGAACUCAGGAAAUGGGCUGGGGUAAAGUAGUACUUGUCUUGGUGGCCUUCCAAGCCACCUCCACUUUGUUGCUGCAGAGAGCAGCUGCAGGAGACUCUCUUGCUCCACUUCUUGCCCCUGUUAUGAAUGCCACCUGUAACAACGUUGAAUGUGGGAAGGGGACCUGCAAGUCAUCACUUAACUACACCUUUGGAUUCGAGUGCGAGUGCAACCCUGGUUGGUCUCAGUUCCACGACUUCCCCUUCUCUCCCUGUGUCAUCCCCAACUGUAGCAUCAAUUACUCCUGCUACAACAAUUCUGAAGCUCCAGCAUCCUCACCGGCACCUCCAUUAACAAAUACCUCCAUCUUUGACCCAUGCCUUUGGUCCUAUUGUGGAGGGGGAAAGUGUGUGAAGACAUCAACUUUCGACUACCGAUGUGAAUGCCAGGAGGGUUUCAGCAACCUUUUGAACGUAACCGGAUUCCCAUGUUACAAAGACUGUGCUCUUGGGGCAGAUUGUGCAAACAUAGGGAUCCCAUUGUGGAAUACUACUACAUCCCCAGCUUCUCCUCCUAGUCUACCUAACAAUGGCAGUUCAUUUGCUGGAGAUGCCAACUGUGACAACGUGGAAUGUGGGAAGGGGACGUGCAAGUCGUCAACCAACAACACCUUUGGGUUCGUGUGUGAGUGCAACCCUGGCUGGUCUCAAUUCCACUACUACCCCUUCUCUCCCUGUGUCAUCCCCAACUGUAGCAUCAAUUACUCUUGCUACAACAAUUCUGAAGCUCCAGCAUCCUCACCGGCACCUUCAGUGACAAAUACCUCCAUCUUCGACCCAUGCUUUUGGUCCUAUUGUGGAGGGGGGAAGUGCGUAAAGACAUCAACUUUCGACCACCGAUGUGAAUGCGAGGAGGGUUUCAGCAACCUUUUGAACAUAACCAGAUUCCCAUGCUACAAAGACUGUUCUUUUGGGGCAGAUUGCGCAAACUUAGGGAUCGCAUUGUCGAAUGCUUCAUCCCCAACUUCUCCAUCUAGCCAAUCCGACACGGGCAGUUCAUUUGCUGGAGAUUCCUUCGCCCCAAACAAUUUACUAUGGUUGUUCGUAUCGAUGAUUUCUCUCGUCGUUGUUCGAGCAACAUAGAUAGAAGCCAGAGCAUCAGUGAUGAUGAGAUUCUUCUACUGAUAUAUGGAUAGUAUUCAUAAGAUGUUUGUCUAUUGAUUAGACUUGCACCAUCGCAAUAUUGUUCAUUUUGUGUUAUUUAUUUGUGAUUUUAUGCAAAUAAGAGCUGCAGCGAACCACACUUUGAUGAAUUUGGAGGUCUUCUGUUUCAUCGAUCCAAAUUUUUGGAAUAGGAAUAAUGAUUUGUAUUUGGAUAUAUGAAUAUUUAACAGAACGUGGAGAUUGCCUUGUAGCCUUUCAGUUGAUAUUGGAUUUGUCUUCAGCA